AGUGGAUUAAUGGUCACAACAGUAGGACGAAUUCGUCCUGGAAUUCCGUCAACUCUCAAUGCUUUUUGUGUUGCUGAUUAUGACAAAGGAACUAGUCCUUAUAUUUGGGGUUUUCCUGAUUACGAAAAAAACACACUGAAACCAGAAUUUUACAGAGAUUCCUUUUAUGAUAGUCGAAAUCUUUUGAACAAGAAUCACAAUUACUCAGCUGGAUAUUUUAAUUAUUUCUUCGGACAUACUGAAGUGGAUACAAGUAGAAAAGGAUAUUACAAACGUCCAUACAAUUAUUAUCAAAACACUCAAGAUUUCUCAAUUAUCUCAACAUAUUUUCCAAAUGUGGAUAAUCAAUGCGAUCGUCUUUUUGUUCUGGAUACUGGAGUAUUACGCUAUUCAGCAACCGAAUUAUACACAGUUCAAAAUCCAGCUAUUAUUGUCUUUGAUUUGCCUUUCAAUGGUUGUUAUGAUCGAAACUUCCCAGUAAUUCGUCGGGUAGAAAUUCCCAGUCAUCUCUGGACAAUUGCUUUUGGUUUCACAUUUAUUAGUUUUGAUUACAAGCCUAAAGGUUCUUGUGAUGACGUGCUCCUUUAUAUCACAAAUAUCUUUGAUAGCAAUAUCAUUGUCUAUGACUACAAAAAGGGUGAUUUCUGGUCUAUUUCGGAUCCAUCAAUGAAGCCAAUUACCGCUGAAGCAACGCUAACAUACAGAGGGGUUAGUUAUGUAAUCCCAAUCGGAAUAAUUAAUGUAGCCCUUGGAUGGCCAGACAAGCAUGGAUAUAGGAAUGCUUAUUACGCUCCUGGAUCGAGUUUGGCAGAAUAUGUCGUUUCUACAAAAGUACUCCAGGAUUCUAAGGGAGUGUUUAACAAAUACGAUUCUAGUGAAUUUACAUUUAUUGGAUAUCGAGGAUGCAACUCCGAAAACUACAAACAAGUCUUUGACCCAAAUACAGGUGUGAUCUUCUUUGGUGAAAUGCAGUCGAAUAGAAUUCGGUGCUGGAAUACUCAGCUGCCUCUCAAUCCAGAUACAAUUGGAAUAGUUUAUGAGUCAGAUGAAUCUGUAUUCUUUGGAGAUAUGUCUUUGGAUUCUGAAGGAAAUUUGUGGUUCUUUACUAACCAACUUCCAAUUAUAUUUAAUAGUGGUGACCUUCUUGAUAUAUCCGAAGUGAACUCAAGAGUUUUUCGUGUGAAACCAUCUGAAGCAAUAAAAGGAACUGUGUGUGAUAUUUCUUAUCAAUAUUAUUGAUACAACUGGUCUUAGGCAAACUGUGUUUUCUUAGACAGUUUUAUUUCUCGAAAAACCCAUUUUUAAUUUUAAAUUCAUUUGGAAAAAUUAAUUAAUUACAAAUAAAUCUUUAUCUACAAAUUGUAAAAUUAUACUUGAAAAAAUUAAAUUGGUAUAUCUAAAACUGAUAACCGAAAUAAAUUGUCACACCAUUAGUAAAUAAAAUACCAAAAAAAGAAA